CUCCUCUUAAAUCCUUCUGUAUUCUUGCUGGCAUCUCUGUCUUCUUCUCCUUCAUAUUUUCUGUUAUUUUCUUCAUUCAUUCAUUCUUUCAUACGUUGCUUCAAUUCUUCUUUCUCUUCUCUUUCUCUCGCAACCCACCAAGAACAGAGAGAGACAUAAACAGAGAGAGACAGAGACAGAGACAAUAAAAGGAGAAGGAAGAAAGCAAGGAGCUUGAGACCAAAAUUCUUUUUUUUUUUUAUCUAAGAAUAAGAUGAAGAGGUUACCUUCUCCUUCAUCUUAUUCCAUUAUGAUCUUCUUCUUAGCCCUUUUCGUUUCAAUCUCUACUUCUUCAGAAGAAUCACCAGCCUCUUCAAUAUACGAAGUCCUGAGGUCACACGGGCUCCCAAUAGGUUUGCUCCCAAAAGGGGUAACACAAUUCAGCUUGGAUGGAAACGGCAGGUUCGAAGUUCACCUUCAACAGUCCUGCAAUGCUAAGUUCGAGAACGAGGUGCAUUACGAUCGCAACGUGUCUGGCUUUCUUAGCUAUGGCCAGAUCGGAGCUUUGUCUGGUAUAUCGGCUCAAGAGCUUUUUCUUUGGUUCCCUGUAAAGGGUAUUCGUGUCGACAUCCCAAGCUCUGGACUUAUUUAUUUUGAUGUGGGUGUCAUUUACAAGCAAUUCUCGCUCUCUUUGUUUGAGACUCCACCUGAUUGCAAGGCUGUUGACUCUGAUCUUCUCCUUUCAGAGAGCCGACACAUUGCUGCAACGGUUUUUAAGAGUCAAUCCGGGAAGCUCCAGUAUAAGCUUGAUCAGGGAGAUCUUCGAAGUCCAGUAUUGUAAGAUGAUUCAAGAAUUCAUAUUAGCUCAGUCAACCUGUUCUGGGCUUCUCUUACCCUGCGAGACUGUCUCUGGGAGUCUUGGUUUGAUAGUUCUUAAGCUUCAAUAAUGUGUGCUUGCUUGCAGUAUAGUACAGGCUAGUUGGGCCCUCUCCUUCUGUCCUGCAAUGGGAGGAAAGGAGAAUUUUGACCAUGAGGAGAGGAUUAUUAUUGAUGCAUUGAGUCAUUACAUAUAGAAGAUGAAAGAGAGACUUGGGGUGUGGGGUCGAGGUGGGUUGAGGUUGGUUGAGAUGAUAAAUCUGGUGAAGGCUAUGUUACUCAUUUGUGAUCAUAUUGUUGUUAUAUAUAGAUAGAUAUGGGUGCUGCAUCGAGUUUCUGUAAAUUCAGGUAUCUUUCUGUUUAUCAAUCUGUACUGUCAAUGCAAGUCCUAGAUUGAGGUAAGAAGUAAAUAUCCUUUCUGAUAAAACAUAGUAAAAUUUUUCAUUCUUUGCUUUUGAUUCCCUA